AUGUCGGCCACUACUUUGCGUGCGGUUACGCAUCGAUUGACCACCACUCCGGUCGAGCAAUUGCCAUCAAUUGCUUCGUUUCUUGCAACCUCAUUAACUGAUUGCGCCGAGCUUCUAUCUGCUCCUCAAGCCCAAAAACAAGGCAAAUCAGAAACCGACCAUGCAGUGCAGAUCCACAAGUUGAAGACUCGCUUGGCGAGCUUGUUGCAGGACCGCAGUAUUGAGGGUCGAUGGACUGCUGUGGUAUUGGCCAAGGCCACUGUUGAAGCCGGUCAAUGGGAAAUUUUACGCGGUUACGAACCAAUCGUGCGCAGCUUGAUUAGUAUUCUAGCGAAACCCGAUCCAAUCUCCACACGAAAGUUGGCUUUGAUCACAUUGACCCGCAUAUUUCACCUCACAUACCAGUACCCGACACUGGUCCGAGAAAUCACUACCCCUCACCUGCCAGGUUUCAUCACUGCCGCCCUCAAUCUGGUCUCAGUGUUGGUGAAGCUACCUUCGGGGUCGACCCGGAAGGCCAAGCCCAACACCCCAUUCAUGGAGAUUGUGCUUCAGGUCUGCUUGGAAUUGGUUCCUCGCCAUGCGACAAUUUUCCGCCCAUUUGGGUCUCAGCUGCGAUCCCUACUGACCGAGAUUCUCGGCUCCUCUUCGAUGUACUUCCCAGACCCAGUGAUGGAUGCCGCGGAGCAACUCUUUGCGUCCCUGCAUAAGUGUGCGCCAAAGGACAAGGCUGGAUCUGGCUGGACUGAAGAUUGUAAAUCAACGGUUCUUUCCAUCCACCGAACAGCCGAUUGUGUUUUCCGCGCCGUGGUAGAGCAGUGGGAGUCAGUCGACGGAAAUCUGGUUUUCACUCGACAGAAUUAUAGCAAUGAGUUGGCCGAUGAUGGUACUGAUGCCUUGGGGCUUCCAGGUUGGAAGGGUGUUCAUGCUGGAACUGAUAGGUUAAUAAUCCUUCUGCGCAUAUUGUCAAACUUUGUUGCCAUGCCAUCUGCAGCUGCUGUCGCCCUCCCCAUCGGUUCCAUUCUCGACCUUACAUCUCGCCUCACGUCCGUAACCUCUCCCGCAGACGGAAGCCAAUCAAGCGUUCAAGCCAAUGCUCAAAUUAGCCGCGAUGAGCGCGAAAUGCUCUGGGCUGAGCUGCCUCGCAUCCAUAUUGCCUGCAUGGACUUGCUUACACAGGUUAUCAGUGUGUUGGAGACCAGCGCCACCCCUAUUACGCAAAACAUUGUCGACCAGAUAAACUGGGUCUUCAAAAAUGAAAAGACCAGCCGAAGUGUGCGUUUGGCUUCAUAUGAUCUGCUUCGCGAUUUGGUUGUGCUCAAUGGGCCUGCCAUGUCAAAGCAGAGUGUUGCAGCUAUCGCAAAUGUGCUGCGUGUCUGCUGCCAUGAUCUCUUACCCCCUACCGGUGACUCCAACUCACAAAAUAAGCCUCAAACCGAUUCCAAAUCAAAGAAAAACAACCAUACCAUUGCAAAUGCCGAUUCAUUCUUAAAUCCCGAUCUUCAAAAGAACCGCAAAUCGCAAAUAUCUUCUCAAUUUCCUGAACUCGAACGAGCGGCUUCGGGUCUCCUUCAGAGUGUGCUGACGUGCAUUCCGUCGGAACACCUCGCCGCCUCGAUUCGCACUGAAAUCGAUCGCACAAUCAUUCUAGUUGCCGAUAAGGAUGCCAUGCUUGCCAGUGUUCUGAACCCCGUGCCGGCAAUCAAGGGCCGAGCGGCGGGUGCUAGCAUUAUACCUUUCUUGGUACGAGGUUACGCGGACAAAAUGGAAGUCGAGGCCUUGGUUCGUCCCAGGAUGCCAGUCUUGAUGACUGCCCCAGAACUCGAUGGGUACGCCGAAGACGAAGACGAAGAAGAAACUGAUGAAAUGGCCGAUGAGGCUUACAAUGUUGCUCCCGGGACUACUGAUUUCUUGAAGAUUCCCACUCCGGCACCAGUUGAAACAAAAGCAGAGACUGCAGCUCUCCCAGUUCAUCCACCAGUCCACAAGCGAACUUACGUUGAGGAAUCAAGAAUCCACACUCCUAGCCUGUCAGUUGCAGGUGACAAGGAGGUCACACAAAGCAAAAAGGCUCGGUUUGAAGAAACUGUCUCUAGUAGUGUGAUUCAACCAUCAUCGGCACAACAAGCCUCUGAUGUGUCUCUGCCUCAAAGCGCUGCUCCAGUUGUGCAGAAGCAGACUAAGGUUAUCUCUCAAACCUCAGUUGCCUCAGCGGCGCCUCCUUCUGAGGAUGACAGUGGAGACGAGCUACCUACAUUGAACAUGGACUCCGAUACUGAUGAUGACGAUGACGAUGAUGAAGACGUCACGAUGGAAGGUUGA